AAGGUAAGCCAAAGGUUUUGAGAAACCAUAGCCAAAUUCAGCAACUGUUUUGCUCUAAAAUUAGCAAUUUCUGAAGAAUAAAUACUUUUUCUGUUCAUCGUUUUCAAUAAUUAGAGGGCGAAUUGAAGUUAGGAAAGAAAAACUAAAUUAAUGGCUCCUCUCAAUUCCUUCUGCAUGCUGCUGCUUGCAUUCUUAUUUCUUGGUGUUGCUCCUUCAAAAUAUUUUGCCUUUGAGCAAGGUGAAACAUCAAUUCCAUUUACGUACUCUGGUUCACAUGGACCGUCCCACUGGGGAACAUUAAAUCCAAAUUAUACUGCUUGUUCUGCUGGCCAUUUUCAGUCUCCUGUAAAUAUUAUGAGGAACCAAACUACUCUUACUAAAGCUUUGAAACCUUUGAUCAAAUCUUAUAUCCCUGCAAAUGCUACUUUACUUACCAAUGGUGUCAAUGUUGGGAUACAUUUCGAAAGUGAAUGUGGAUCAAUGAAUAUAGAUGAAAAAAAGUAUUCAUUGAAACAGUUACACUGGCAUUCUCCUUCAGAGCAUAAAAUUGACGGAAUUGAGUAUCCUCUUGAACUUCACCUAGUCCACCAGCUACAAGAUGGCAGCUUUUCCGUUAUCGGAAUUCUGUUCCAGUACGGUGAACCUGAUCCAUUCCUCACCUCGAUUGAGAAAAGUUUGGACAAAUUGGCGAAGAAGGUGACAGCAGGCGAUCAACAUGCUAAAGUAUAUUUGGGUACCUUAAAUGCUAAACUGAUAAAGAAAAUCAGUCACAGAUUUUUUAGAUAUGUGGGUUCUCUUACCACUCCUCCAUGCUCUGAAAAUGUCGUAUGGAACGUUAUCCCAACGCCAAGAACAGUAUCGAAGAAACAGAUAGAAUUACUGAAAGCACCAUUGGGUGAAGUUUACAAGAACAACAAUAGGCCUUGUCAAGCCUUAGAUGGGAGAAAAAUUGAAAUUGCCCCAAGAGCUUCAUCAGUUCAUGAAUUAUAGAAUUAUAAUUUUUCAGUAAUUAAUUUUCUGUAAGCCUUGUUAUAAUCUCUAAUCGCCUUUAACUAUAUUGCUACUUGUGUAUGUUUUUUUGUUUUUCAAUUUUGAAUUGUGUCUCACAUAAUAAAUUCACCUUCUAUA